CGCUGUCUGCAGCAUAGUAUUGUGAGUGUGUGUCAGGCGAUCACUGGAAGCCUGUCUCUCCGCCGGAGAUCACUGGUGGUGACUGCUAUAUAGCGGCCCCUGCGUGUGGUAGGAACUCUCCAGCGCGGCUGAGAAUAGUUUCCGGAGGUGACGGAUAUUGGUGACGGACACAGCUGCUGGCGGAAGUGUUCCCGUAGCUGGCGCUGAAAUUCGAUUUUCCCGGUUUCUGGACGGUGCUGUCAGUGAAAGACACCGGGACUCCGGCUUCCGGCACCGACGGAGCAGCAGCGGCCGGUGCCCAGGACUACCCGGGGCCGGUACAUCGCCCCGUGUAGCGGAAAGUUCCCCGGCCGGCCGGUGUCUAUGGAGCGGUUCAUACUGCUCAUCCACUGGCAGAGGAGGAGUGAGAGCGGCCGGGAGCAGCAGCAGCCUCUACCCCCAGGGUUGGUGGAUGCGCAGGAUAUUUAUACCCAGCUGAAGGAACACUGCAUCACACAUACUGACACGUUCCCAGCGUGUUCACUGACUGGAGAUCCCAGCGCGAGGAAAUGGUUCUUCGCUCUGCAAGUCACGUGCGGAUCUUUCCAGUUCUCCAGCUCUGACUGGGAAGAUCUGUGUCCAAUCACUGAUGAUGGGGACGAGCCUGCUCAGAGCACUAUAGAAGAAUGUAUAUCUGCUUUACACAGCUCCGAAGAGGAAGAUGACGACAGCCGGGACUCGGCGUCUCAGACUAGUUUGUUUGAAGAGUCCGCAGAAUUAAUCCACCAGCUGUCGGACAAGCUUCCCGCGCCAGGACGGGCGUUGGUGGAUGUCCUGAUACACUCUGCAGAUGCUCCCAAAUUGAAGGACUGUGUGCUUGCUGUGGGGGCGAUUAAGCACCUGAAAGAAUGGCACGCCGCAAAGGUCACCAUUGUCACAAAAGAAAGCAAAGGAUGGCAGAAUAUUUGCAAUUACCUGUCGGCGAGUGUAAUCUCUCCAGAGGGCCUCGGCUCUCUCAUAGACCCACAGGAGCUAUGGAGAGGAUCGUUAGAGAUAAGCGAGCAUAAGUUUAGUUCCGAGGUGGAAUUCCCAGACUUCUGCAUCCGCUCUGUCUGUGACGUCUCUUCCCAGGCGCAUCUCCUGAGACUGAGCAGUGUGCCCACACAUGCUGCCCGUAACUCCCAGAACUCAUUACUGCCAGAGGUGUUCCAUUACUACGGCUCAUCUCUGGAGUAUAUACAGAUGGUGGCGUUGUCCGAACUUCCCUCGUAUUUCAUAUCGAACUGUGUGUUUGAGCUAUGUUUAACGAAAAACUCUGUACAAGGGAAAUCCAAACUAAUGCUGGAGCAGCUGUGCUCGCUGAAUAACAAGGCAGGGGCUAUAUUUCUGCUAUCCUGUAAUGUCUGCAGCCUUCCUCUGCCGCCCGCGCCGCAGCGCAGUACCAGGAAAUGGAGAGAGUAUAUGUCCCGGAAACCAAAAGAAAUACAAGCGCCAGGCAUUGAGCUGAAAGGAGAAUUCUGCAGCUACUAUUUCCUGAUUCAAGGCAAAGGCCGGGGAGUGUGCAAGGCGACGAUGCUUCACUCCGCCAGCCAGAUCAAUGGGGCAGCGUCCCUCAUUUUACUGCACAGACGGCUGCGAGAGAAGCCUGAAGCCGAUGAGACAACUGUAAGCGCAGCGACCGGUCUCCCCCACUUCUGCGGCGAUCAGGUUAUGAAGCGAGAGAAGCGCGUAGCCCGUUCUGAGGCACUGGUCAUGAAAGAGUUUCUCCAAAGACUAGAAGCGGCUCAACAGCUCGCACCCGUCAACGUUGGCUCGUUAAAGACUUUGUUAAAGCUUACCCGCGAGAGUGUGUUUGGAAUGUGCGAGAGCAGCGUGACCAGCUCUGUCAUCCACCAGAACCGCGAGCCAAACACAACGGGGGCUUCCCGUACAGAACCCAGGGCGACUGGAUUAAAUUCGUCAGAAUGGCCGGAGCGAAACGUUCUUCAGAAUUUGGAAAACUUUGAAAAAAUAAAGCAGAGAAUUAGGGCAUCUAUACUCUCCAGCUCUGCAGAUCAGCUACUGGGCCGGAAGGAACCCCGGAAAGAAGGAAUGACUCUAGACGCUAAGGAGUUGCUGAAAUACUUCACUCCGCAAGGGGCAGCAAUUGGGGAGCUCCAACCUUUGCAAAUUCUAAGAGGAGACAACGCGUUUCUGUUAACUCCACAACUUACCCCACGGAAACUGAGAGGUCUACCUUUCCGAAAAGCCUCCGAGUGUCACUACCAUGGACUCGAGUACUGCCUCGAUAACCGGAAAGCGUUAGACCGUGAUGUCGGCUUCUCAGAGCUACAGUCCCGUCUCAUUCGCUAUGAGACGCAGACGACAUGCACCAGGGAGUGCUGUCCUCUCCCCUUUGCCCUGAGUCCUCUCCCGUCUCCCGCUUUCCUCUCCGAGCCAGGCAGCGUUCCGGACGGAGAAUCCCUGCAAGGAGCCGACCUGCUGCGGCUGAAACGGCGCUCCAGGGACCUGGACGGUCUCAUAGCCAGCAAGAGGAUGGCGAAAUCUGGAAGCUCGGAUUCCCUGGCGUCAUUCGCCAGCGAAAGCAGUGGUCCUCACCCGCCGCCAUCAAGAGUGACCCGCCCCCAUUCUGACAGAGCCCCACCAGUGGCGGCGUCUACCCGCCCGGUUUCCGGUACUCGGGUGGCAUCUCUGAGUAGCCAGCCUGCUCAGUCCAAUCAGAGCGUGAAACCAGAACAGGAGUCUAGAUCUCAGAAGCACAACCGGAUGCUGAAGGAGGUGGUCUGUAAAACUCUUCAGAAGCACGGCAUCCAGGAAGGCCACGCCUGCUACGCAGCCUGCAGCCAGCGGCUCUUUGACAUAUCCAAAUUCUUCUUAAAGGACUUGAAGACCUCACGAGGCCUGCACGAUGAGAUGAAGAAAGCUGCGAGUAAUAACGCUAAGCAGGUGAUACAAUGGGAACUGGACAAAAUGAAGAAGAAAUGAAAGAUGAAUAAUUAAAAAAUAUUAUGUGUAAACUAAGCGGAUUGUAAAUUGUGUGUUUGUUUUUUUUUAAUAUGUGUGUGCACCGUUUUGUAUUAUUUGCCUGCCCUUAAUAAACCGUUCAGCUACGA